AUGACAAAUUAUCUAGAAAUACUUUGUGGAGUCGUUGCAGUGUUUUUGGCACUGUAUUACUACUUCGUUGCGAACUUCGAUUUUUGGAAAAUCCGUAAUGUUCCUGGACCAAAACCUAUUCCACUGUUCGGUAACAUAAAAGAUAUUAUGUUCGCGAGGAGGUCCAUCAGCGAUUAUUUGCAUGCACUGUACCAAGAGUAUGAAAAUGAGCCAAUGGUCGGCAUUUUUACAAGAAGAACGCCUCUCCUUAUUCUUCAAGAUCCCGAUCUCAUAAAAGCAGUUUUGAUAAGUGACUUUUCGAAAUUCGCAGAUCGAGGACUGCCUGUGUAUGAAAAGACGGAACCAUUGUCUCCGCACUUGUUCAGUUUGGAGGCAGCAAGAUGGCGACCGCUGAGAACGAUGCUGUCACCGGUGUUCACAUCCGGCAAGCUCAAGGAAAUGUUUCCUCUCAUACAGGAGUGUUCCGAACAUUUGGAACAUUAUUUGGAAAAAGUAGUAGCGGUUGGAGAGCCCGUGGACUGCCGCGAAUUAGCAGCGAAGUAUGGAACGGAUGUGAUCGCUAGCUGUGCGUUUGGAAUUGACACGAACUCGUUGUCCGACACGGACAGUGAAUUUCGUCGAAUAGGCAGAACAGUAUUCGCGGGUACUUUUUCUCAACUGUUGAGAUUCCGCAUUAGACAGUCGAUGCCAUGGUUGUAUAAAUUGUUAGGUUAUAUACUACCGCAUACAGAAGUUACAACGUUUUUCACUAAAGUCAUCGCAGACACACUGGAUUACAGAAUCAAAAAUAAUGUCGUUAGGCCGGACUUCGUUAAUAUGCUACUCGAGCUCAAGAAACAUCCAGAUAAAUUGGAGAAUAUAAAACUCACAGACACUCUACUGACCGCUCAAGCUUUUGUUUUUUUCGUGGCCGGCUUUGAGACAUCUUCGACGACGAUCAGUAACGCUUUGUACGAACUAGCUCGGAAUCCCGAAAUACAACAUAAACUUCGACAAGAAAUCCGAGAACAUUAUGAAAAAAACAAGAGUGAUUUAAAAUAUGAAGACAUUAAAGAGAUGGCAUACUUAGAUCUAGUAUUUCGAGAAACAUUAAGGAAAUACCCGCCAGGACCAUUCUUGAUAAGAAAAUCAAUGUGCGAUUACGCAUUCGAGGGUACAAAUGUUACAAUACCGAAAGGAACAAUGUUGUGGAUACCAACAUAUGCAAUCCAUCAUGAUUCUCGGAUCUAUCCAAAUCCCGACGCUUUCAUACCCGAAAGGUUUAGCGAUGAUGCUGUUAUGGCCCGACAUCCAAUGCAUUAUUUACCUUUCGGCGAUGGACCACGAAAUUGUAUUGGUGCGCGAUUUGCAGUUUAUCAAACGAAGCUUGGAUUGAUCAAAAUACUUCGCAAUCACAAAGUCGAUGUAUGCGAAAAAACUAUGAUACCAUAUCAAUUCAAUCCAACUGCUUUCUUACUGGCGCCAAAAGAAGGAAUAUACUUGAAGAUAACAAAAGUAGAAAAUUAAUAUGGAGUUUAAUACAUUUUCAUAGACAUAUUAAUAUAGAGAGGCUUGAUGCGAAUAAGUCAAUACAACCUAGAAUUCGAUAAAAAUUUGUAAUAAAGUUUGGAUUAGAUGUAGGGUGGUUCCUAAACUUUUAUAUAAUAUCUGUGGUGUUACGGGAGUACAGCAGUAAUAAACGGGCUUAAUUGUCACUCAAUUUAUUUGUCUAUCUAUACAAGAUUCUUGCGCGCGCGACGAAGUUCUAUUCAGUACCUUGGUACAGCCAGACU